UUCCCCUGGUGGAGGGUGUCUCAAAAAUGGGAGCCUGCUGCACAAAAGAUUCAAUCAAUGGAGGAGGAGGAGGAGAGUACAUGACCCAUGAUAAGGAUGAGAGGGAUUCCAACCGGGGAGAUGAUGGAGCAGAGAUUCGUCGUGGCGACGACGGAGCCAUCGUUCGACUCCAUGGAUCCUCUGCGUUCAUAUCAAUGUAUACUCAACGAGGAAGAAAAGGAAUCAAUCAAGAUGCAAUGACGGUUUGGGAGGAUUUCUCAGGGGAGAAAGGUUUGGUGUUUUCUGGAGUUUUUGAUGGCCAUGGUCCGUUUGGUCAUAGGGUUGCUCGCCAUGCACGAGACAUGCUGCCCUCCAAGCUCUCCAAGGCUAUCAAAAAGCAGCAGCAGCCAUCACAUCUCCAAAAUGGGGUUUCUAAAGCUUCUGUUCAACCAAACAACAAGGAAGGAAAUCAACGAAAUCCAUUGGUUUCAAGAUGGGAAGCUGCUUUUGAAGAAGCUUAUACGGAUUUUGAUCGAGACCUCGGCUUUGAUUCAUCUAUUGAUUGUUUCUGCAGUGGAACAACAGCCAUGUCCAUUAUCAAACAGGGAGAGCAUUUGGUGGUUGCAAAUGUGGGUGACUCCCGGGCGGUUCUAUGCACCAGAGGAGACAACCAUCAACAUAUUCCGAUCCAAUUAACAGCUGACCAGAAACCAAAUGUUCCAAGCGAAGCAGAAAGAAUAAAGAAAUGCCAGGGGAGAAUCACAACAGAUAAAGAAGAACCAGAUAUUUUCAGAGUAUGGGUACCAGAUGCAGAUUAUCCUGGCCUCGCCAUGUCAAGAUCCUUUGGAGAUUUUUGCCUCAAGGAUUACGGCCUCAUCCCAACCCCUGAAGUCGCCUACAGAAAACUCACAAGAAAAGACGAGUUCAUCGUUCUAGCAACAGAUGGAAUCUGGGAUGUACUGACGAACAAGCAAGUAAUCAACAUAGUUGCUUCAGCAAAGAACCGAUCCAUGGCGGCGAAAUUAGUAGUGAAACUAGCAGCACGAGAAUGGAAACGCAAAUUUAUAGGGUUGACGAUCGACGACUGUACAGUGAUUUGCUUGUUCUUCAAGAAUCCACCAUUGCUGAGCAAAUCAAUGACGAACGUAGGGCGGCGGAGCAUGAGAAGCCAUCCGGAACUGGCAUUUUCAAGAAGCUGUAGAUCCAUGGGGAUCGACAGAAAAAUAGGAGAAGAAGAAGGUGAAUCAGUGAAUAGAGAAUCAAAGGAAGAUCGGAAGGGUGUAAAAGUAUUAAACAGAGUGAAUUCAAUGAUGGGGAUUUCACGAACCACUAGGAGUUUGAGCCACAAUCAGAAAGCGCCCAAGUUUUUCUAUGAAAUUGAAGCUCGCGAAAGCGGCACUGCAAUGGCGAAGGGCAAGAAGAAGAAGAACUAAGGAUCUUAUUUUCUUUUGUUGGUUUGUUCGUUUCAAUUUUUUUUAUAGAAAAAUGUUGGUAAAUUAAUAUAACCUUUAAUAUCAUUCUUUUUAUUUAUUUUAAA